UUUGUAGCAAACACAUUUUACAUUUGAAACACAGCAUGACAGAGAAGAAACUGCUUUAGAAAACAUGUAAAAAAAUGAAUGAAGGACAAAUUUCAGAUGAGCGAACACGAAUUGACCUAUAGAAGACUUCUGCCAACGUGCCGGGUGGUCGUCUCCGUAAUGGCCUGCAUAUCCUUUGUGUCGGCUGUGACUGCCGGCUACCUUUUCAUGACCAGCUUGGCGGGAGUUUCUCAGGCGGUCAAGAUUGUGUGGACCACUGGGUCGGCGGCCUAUGCGUUGGUCUCGCUUCUGCUUAUUAUUGGAGUUUGGAAGGUGAUUAGGUGGCUGGUUUAUCCGUACAUGUGCAUGCUCCUCAUGGCCAUUGCCGUCUACACGAUGAUCCUGCAGGUGUUAUUCAAGAAUCUCCCGGCUGCCGUCUUCACAUCCGUGGCUAUUAGCUUUCUAUUCCUGGGCAUUGCUUUGCACACGACCAAAACUAUGGAGGAAAAUCGCGGAAGUGCAUCCACUUAGCACCGUAUAUACGAAAAUUGUACGUGUGAAGUGCUUUAUUUAUUUAUCAAAUUUGUAGUAUAAUUAAAUUUUGACUCAUUCAAAAUAA